GGCGUUCUGUGAUGAGGAGUCUGAUAGUGCGCUAGCUGUGUCAAGCUAGUCGCCACCGCCUCACUGUGCCGCUUGUUUUUGUGAGCGCGAUGAAGAACAUCAUGAAGUAUUACAGAAUUAUUCCAUCGCAGCAUUUUGGCAACAACACCAUUAGCUAGGGGCGGCUUUUCUCCGCCAACGCAGGACAUUCCCGGAAUGGACUAGAACUAACUAGCAGACUCAGCUAGCCAGUGCUAAUGACUGUGCUGGCUGACUAGCUUCGAGGCUAACCGGUGGCGUUAGCCAUUUCACACAGUUGGUCAACAACCACCCAUCUUAUAAUUGCCAGGCGGCCAAAAGGAGGAACUCGCCGGUCCAAUCAUGCCUCCUAGGCCAUCCUCAGGAGAGCUAUGGGGGAUGCACUUGAUGCCCCCCAACAUCCUAGUCGACUGCCUUUUGCCAAAUGGCAUGAUUCUCACAUUGGAGUGCCUCCGAGAGGCUACACUGAUCACAGUCAAGCAUGAGCUUUUCAAAGAGGCCAGGAAGUAUCCUCUCUACCAUCUGCUGCAGGAUGAGAGCUCCUACAUAUUUGUCAGUGUCAACCAGGAGGCAGAGAGAGAGGAAUUUUAUGAUGAGACCAGGAGGUUGUGUGACCUCAGACUCUUCCAGCCCUUUCUCAAAGUCAUUGAACCAGUAGGCAACAGAGAGGAAAAAAUUCUCAACAGAGAGAUUGGUUUUGCUAUUGGAAUGCCCAUAUGUGAGUUUGAUUUGGUGAAGGACUCAGAAGUGCAGGACUUCAGAAGGAACAUUUUGAAUGUUUGCAAAGAAGCCGUGGACCUCAGAGACAGUAAUGGAGUCCACAGCAGAGCUUUAUAUGUUUAUCCUCCCAAUGUAGAGUCCUCACCAGAACUUCCCAGGCACAUCUAUAACAAACUUGAUAAAGGUCAAAUAAUAGUGGUCAUAUGGGUAAUUGUGUCACCCAGCAAUGACAAACAGAAGUAUACUCUGAAGAUCAACCAUGACUAUGUGCCAGAGCAGGUGAUUGCUGAAGCCAUUCGUAAGAAGACUCGUAGCAUGCUGUUAUCCCAUGAGCAGUUAAAGAUGUGCGUGCAGGAGUACCAGGGCAAAUACAUCCUCAAAGUCUGUGGCUGUGACGAGUACUUGCUGGAGAAAUAUCCUUUGAGUCAAUACAAGUAUGUGCGCAGCUGCAUCAUGCUCAGCCGGAUGCCCAACUUGAUGCUGAUGACAAAAGAUGACCUGUAUUCUCAGCUGCCCAUGGACAACUUCACCAUGCCAUCUUAUGCAAGACGAAUAUCCACAGCAACACCAUAUAUGAAUGGAGAAACGCCCACCAAGUGUCUGUGGACUAUCAAUGGAACGCUGAGGAUUAGGAUACUGUGUGCCACCUACGUCAAUGUCAACAUCAGAGAUAUUGACAAGAUCUAUGUCAGGACUGGAAUAUACCACGGUGGGGAGCAGCUGUGUGACAAUGUCAACACCCAGCGUGUGCCCUGCUCCAACCCAAGGUGGAACGAGUGGCUCAACUAUGACAUGUACAUUCCAGAUAUCCCACGCGCUGCCCGGCUCUGCCUUUCUAUCUGUUCUGUCAAAGGCAGAAAGGGAGCAAAAGAGGAGCACUGUCCCUUAGCCUGGGGCAACAUCAACCUGUUUGACUACACUCACACACUUGUAGCAGGAAAGAUGGCUCUGAACCUGUGGUCUGUCCCACAUGGCCUGGAGGAUUUGCUCAAUCCUAUCGGGGUCACUGGCUCUAACCCCAACAAGGAGACCCCUUGUCUGGAGCUGGAGUUUGACCAUUUCAGUUCACCAGUAAAGUUUCCUGAUAUGACCACCAUUGAAGACCAUGCAAACUGGAUCAUAUCCAGAGAGCUUGGCUUUAAUUACUGCCACACUGGUUUGAGUAACAGAUUGGCACGUGACAACCCCCUGACGGACAGCGACAAUGAUCAGCUACGUCAGGUGUGUAACAGAGACCCACUGUCUGAGAUCACUGAGCAGGAGAAAGACUUUUUGUGGAGGCACAGACAUGAUUGUGUGAAUAUGCCAGAGAUCAUUCCCAAGAUCCUAUUGGCUGUGAAAUGGAACUCCAGAGAUGAGGUUGCACAGAUGUACUGCCUUCUGAAGGACUGGCCAACUAUCAAACCGGAACAAGCCAUGGAAUUGCUUGAUUGCAACUUCCCGGAUCCUAUAGUCAGAUUGUUUGCUGUGAAGUGCCUUGAGAAAUACCUGUCCGAUGACAAACUCUCUCAGUACCUCAUUCAACUGGUUCAGGUUCUGAAAUAUGAGCAGUAUCUUGAUAACCCGUUGGCACGCUUCCUGCUGAAAAAGGCAUUAACCAAUCAGAGGAUAGGACAUUUUUUCUUCUGGCAUUUAAAGUCAGAGAUGCACAACAAGACAGUUAGCCAGCGGUUUGGCCUGCUUCUGGAGUCGUACUGUCGGGCCUGCGGUAUGUACCUGAAGCACCUGGGCAAACAGGUGGAGGCCAUGGAGAAACUCAUCAAUCUCACCGACCUCCUCAAACAGGAGAAAAAAGAUGAGGCACAGAAGGUUCAGAUGAAGUUUCUGGUGGAGCAAAUGAGAAGGCCGGACUACAUGGAUGCACUGCAAAGCUUCAGCUCCCCUCUGAAUCCAGCGCAUCAGCUGGGUAACCUCCGCCUUGAGGAAUGCAGAAUGAUGUCAUCAGCGAAACGACCUCUCUGGCUUAACUGGGAAAACCCAGAUAUGAUGUCAGAGCUGCUUUUUCAGAACAAUGAAAUCAUCUUCAAGAAUGGGGAUGAUCUGAGGCAGGACAUGCUGACGUUGCAGAUCAUUAGGAUAAUGGAGAACAUCUGGCAGAACCAGGGCCUUGAUCUCAGAAUGCUGCCUUACGGUUGUCUGUCAAUAGGCGACUGUGUGGGUUUGAUUGAGGUAGUGAGGAACUCUCACACAAUCAUGCAGAUCCAGUGUAAAGGAGGCCUAAAGGGGGCGCUGCAAUUCAACAGCCAUACACUGCAUCAGUGGCUCAAGGAUAAGAACAGAGGAGAGAUGUAUGACCAGGCCAUAGAUCUGUUUACGCGAUCAUGUGCAGGCUACUGUGUAGCCACGUUUAUUCUUGGCAUCGGCGACAGACACAAUAGCAACAUUAUGGUCAAAGAUGAUGGACAGCUCUUCCACAUCGACUUUGGCCAUUUCCUUGAUCACAAAAAGAAGAAGUUUGGGUACAAGAGGGAACGGGUGCCGUUUGUGCUUACACAAGACUUCUUGAUCGUUAUUAGUAAAGGAACCCAAGAGUGCACAAAAACACGGGAGUUUGAAAGGUUUCAGGAGAUGUGCUACAAGGCAUACCUGGCGAUCCGGCAGCACGCCAACCUGUUCAUCAACCUCUUCUCCAUGAUGCUGGGCUCAGGAAUGCCUGAGCUGCAGUCCUUUGAUGACAUCGCCUACAUCCGGAAGACCCUGGCUCUGGAUAAGUCUGAGCAAGAGGCCCUGGACUAUUUCAUGAAACAGAUGAACGACGCCCAUCAUGGCGGCUGGACUACCAAAAUGGACUGGAUCUUCCACACGAUUCGCCAGCACGCCAUGAACUGAGAUGGACACUUGCAGUGGGAAAUGCAUGAAUAAAGGCUUCUGGCAGCAGCACAUCAGGAGCCAGAGCAGCAGUGAGAAGUGUGCCAGGUAUUUUGUACUACACACCAGGGCUUGGCGAUAUGAGUAUGAAAGUUCCCCCCCAAUAGUGACCAAUAUGGUUUAACUUGAAGUGCAAUCAUAUAUUCACUUCAGGAUUGAAUCUUGUGAAAAUAAUACACAAUUUGUGGAUCAGAAGUGUUUAUUUAUGAGAAGGGUUUUCUGAUGGUUUGUAGGCUGAGAGCGUUUCGUCUCUGUGCCGGUGUCACACUUUUCACCUAUGUUUCUUGUAAAGUUGAGACAGCAAAGUUUAAGAAAAAUAUUUCCGUCCAGUUUGCGUGUACCCGGGGUCAACCACUUUUUAUUAGUCUUUUGAAUUCAUUGACACCCCCCGCCCCCAAACUCAUGGUUCAAACUAGCAUCCUGUCUCUCUUGAUUAACCCUGAAACAACACCCAUUAUGGUCAUGCUUCUUCUGUGUUAAUGGCAGAUGUUACAUGACCUUUCUUGAUAUGUCGGAAUAGUUUGCCCACUGCUAUAAGGGCAGCUUAUUGCUUUGGUCCAACACCUGUUGCUGCAGCUGAUUACGCAGGUGUUUGCCCUCAAUAUGGAAGUUGUUUGUUGGGGAGGAAAAAUCUGAUUCUUUUGUCGGGAUGAUCGCUGUGAUUAUAUAUUGCCAAGCCCUACUGCACACAGUGUCCUACUUGUUUGUUUCUGCCAGGGUGCGAGCAGCACACCAUAGAAUAAGGGUGCUAAGAAGAAGACACUUUCUGGGAUCUAAAUGCCUAAAAAUCCCCUUUCUACAGGUAUAUUUUUUUAACCUGCACUAUGAACUUGAGGCAGCAGAAUGGAGUUAUUUCAUCUGUCGUCAUUAUUGGACUUAUGUUGGACUGUGUUGGACAUUGACAAUUUGCCUUCAUGCAGAUGGAUUAUGGACACCCCCCCCCCCCCCCCCCCCCUGUCUGGGUACAAGGACAAACAUUAGCAUUAAGAGAGGAGCGUGAUGAAGUGGUAAACAUGAGAGCAGCUGAUGAACUGCGAGAUCAUAACUACAUUAUUCACGCUAGCUGCGAUGAACUGGUGAAGACAAGUGUGACGUCAUUACAUAGGCCAGGAGUGUUCACACAAUCAAGACUUCCUCUUCCUGUCCACCACGCGAUCAUCCGUGCUUUGAAGUACAAUACGCUUAAGGUUUAACAUUUUUAGUCCAGAACAUGAUUUUGCAUCAUUGGAAUUUGAACCUUAUCCCAUUGGAUUACUGACGUUGUCUUUUUCUAUAGCAUUAUACCCAGAGACUUGAUGCAUACUGUGCACAUGUUCCUUUUUGAACCUAGUUCCUACUGAGCCAAAGUACUAUAAGUGUAACCCCACUAGUCGGCAGUCUUAUGGUUUUAAAAAGAAAUCCAAAUAAUCACUGCGAUUCUAAUCUUGUGUACUCACAGCACUGAUUUCUACAGUAUUUUUUUUUUUUUUUUUUUAAUCUAUCAGUAUUAUUCUUUGCCGGAUGUUGAGGUACAGAUGGUUGGGACAUACAUGGACCUGAGCUGUCACACAUGAAUUGAUGUGUUUUUCACGUGACAUUAAUUUAUAAAACUACAGACUGCAGGAGAAAAGACGUACAGUGUUCCUGUUGUAAGUCAUGCUGUUACACUAUGCAAGUCGUAGUUUUAUUUUAUACUGUACUACACAAACACCUGAUGUCAAAGAGACAGAAGUGCAUCACUACAGAGGUAUUACUCAGAUAAGGGUGUUGGUGAUUUUUGUAGAGAUGGUGCACAGAAGAAGAAGAAAAAAGCACACUACUGCACUGUAACCGUGCGGCCUGCUUCUUCCCCAAAAGUUUCCUCUGGAAAAAGAACUGUGACAAACACCUUUUGUUCAUCACCUUUGUGUUUGGAAUAUUUAGCCAUCCGUAAACUGAAUGUUUAGAAGCACUAUAUUUCUGAAACCUUCCAAGUGUCCUCUUACCUCCUGUGUCCGAUGACUGUCUCCCUUAUGUGUGCAGACACGUGCAUGAGAGGUCAGAAAGUGUUCUUGGUUGAAUAAAUGACGUGCAGGACUAUUUAUUCAACUCACAAAUUUUUGGAAUUUUCAUCCCAGUUUUAAAAAUGUGCAUAAAGUCACCUUUCUGUAGGUUUCUGUACAGGAUACAGAUCAGUGGGCCGGACCCGUUCACACUGACAAAGCCACACCUUCAAAUAUGCUUUUAUAGAUGGACUUUUUGGAAGAAAUAUCUAAAUGAUGCUUUUUUUUCUUCCCCCUUCUCCCAACUUUGUGUUGAGGGCUUUUGUCACUGCAUUAUGCAUGAGGUCCUCCAGUAUCUGCUUUUGUUUUUAACCUGAUGUUGUUUACUUGAAUCUCAUGUAUAACAAUGACUGUUGUUACUUGUGCGUGUACGUGUGUGUGGUACCUCAGUGUCACAAUGACGGUAACCAAUACUGAUACUACAGGUGCAAAUGCUUUCCUUGAAUAACUACAGAGGUAAUAAUAUAUUUUUGUAUUUUUGAAUGUAAGCAAGCUUGUAUGUGUAAUGCUAACCAAAAAGGAGGAAUCUCUCUCUCUCUCUCUCUCUCUCUCUCUCUCUCUCUCUCUCUCUCUCUCUCUCUCUCUCUCUCUCUCUCAAAAACCAUCGUACAAACACACUAGACUGAUGCUCAUGGUGGAAAUGAAUUGAACAGCAAUGCAGAGGUGUGAUGUGGAACAAGGACACCAGCUGAAGCACAAUAGUUAGAAAGAAGCUAUCCUGCAUGUUAUAUAAAAAAAGAUGUGCAUGUUGUCCAUAUGUAUAUAUGUCGUCUUCAAAUGAACAUGUCAGAAAUUGUAUGCAUUCAUUUAUCAUCCUGUUAAAUAAAAAUAUUUCUGUAA